CCAUGAGUGAAUACACAGCUGAAUACAUCCAGUCAAAGCUUGAGAAAGAGCUGAAUGCAACCAUUGUGGUUGUUUGCUGACAGCCUAAGCUGUGUGGUAUGUGGGGACAGCAACAUACUUGCCUACAACCUGCCUCUUGUUUAGCUCUCACAUCUCAUCUGUACAAUAUUACCUUGGUUGUCUAGUGCUUGACUGUGCAAGGUAUCCACUCUAAACUGUAUAAAAAAAACUACUCAAAAUAGUGCUAACAUUUUAAAAGGAAAUAUUGCUAUUCUUUUUUUCUAAAUCUGUUUCAUUUGAUGUUAAAUUUUGUAGGACAAUCAGUUACAGUGAAUGAAAUUUAAUUUUAAAUUUGUGUGAUUUAUUUACAAAUUUCAUUUAGGUAUUCAUUUCAUUAUAUUUAUUGGCCAUGAAACCGGGACAGUCUAAAUUUUGUACUUUUUAUUAAUGCAGUGAUGAGGUAUCUUGGUUAAUUCUUGUUUAAUAUUUGUUUCUAAUUCAAAUUGUUUGGCUAAAUUUCUUCUUAUGAUUAAUUCAUAGAUAUUGUCUAUGUACACUCUUCUACACUUUAAAUUCUAUUUGUUGUUGUUAGAUUUGAAAUUAUCAUGUCUACCAAAAUAAUUGAGUCUGUGAGCAUCAUCACCGUGUUGGGCAUUUUGCUUCGCUGGGCUGUCUCAUUUCACCCGUACUCUGGUGCGGGAAAGCCUCCCAUGUAUGGAGACUAUGAAGCUCAACGCCAUUGGCAGGAAAUAACUCUAAACCUCCCUGUUGCCUCAUGGUACACGAACUCUACGGACAAUGACCUCUUAUAUUGGGGGUUGGACUAUCCACCCCUUACUGCUUACCACAGCUACCUCAACGCAUGGCUUGCUUGGUACCUUAAUCCAGAUUACGUGGCCUUGUCCACAUCUCGCGGUUAUGAGAGUCCUGAGCAUAAACUUUUCAUGAGGUACACCGUCCUCAUCGCCGAUUUGUGCAUCUUUAUACCUGCUGCACUUCUAUUUAUGCGUGUGUCUAGUGGUUUGUAUCUGUAUAAAGUUGCCGCUAAAUUCGACUUUUUAGCUUUGAUGACUUACCCCGGCUUGAUCUUGAUCGACUACGGUCACUUUCAGUACAACAACGUAUCUUUAGGUCUCUUUGUAGCAGCUGUGGCUGCCCUAACGGCCAGUAAUGACACUCUCGGAGCAGCUUUGUUCAGUUUUGCUCUUAAUUACAAGCAGAUGGAGCUUUAUCAUGCACUUCCUUUCUUCUUCUUUCUGCUGGCGAAGUGUACUGCAGAAAAGUCGUGGUCGGAAUCGCUUAUUAAAUUAGCCACCAUUGGAGGAACUGUUGUGCUUGUUUUUGUCAUCUUGUGGUCUCCGUACUUAACAUCAAUAGAAUCAUUAACACAGUUGAUGAAUCGUGUGUUCCCCAUCAACCGUGGACUGUUUGAGGAUAAGGUUGCCAGCGUCUGGUGUAGUCUUUCCAUUGCCAUAAAGUUCAAGGAGUUGGUGAAUAACUUCCAGAUGGCCAAACUGUGUUUGGUAACGACAGGCCUUUUGAGCUUACCAUCAUGCAUUAACCUAUUCCAAAACGGGACGAUUGCUCAUUUCAAAUACUCGUUGGUUAAUGUUUCAUUCAUCUUCUUCUUAUUUAGUUUCCACGUACACGAAAAAAGCAUUCUGCUGGUCGCCAUACCCGCUUGCUUGUUGUUUUCCUCUGAAUCAUUCAUGACAAGCUGGUUCUUGGGACUAACUGUAUUCAGUAUGAUACCCCUCUUGGAAAAAGACGGCCUUUUCAUCGCGAGUGUCGCUCUCAUGCCUGUGCUUAUGAUCGUUUACCAAGUCACAGUUGCGCACUGCCAGUCCCUCAGCUUGCGCUGUGCUCUCACAGAGGGUCGAACGUCGUUGGAUGUCUUCUUGAGACGCCGGGGUCUUGUUCUGUUCCGCGCGUCCUUCGCUCUCUGUGUGGUGCUCACGCUCAUCUACAAGUGUGUCCAACCUCCUGUGCGCUAUCCUGAUCUUUUUAGUGUACUAAUCGCCAUUGUUUCAUGCGCGCAUUUCCUGUUUUUCGCUCUCUAUUUCCACGUUCGCCAAUUUUCUUUAAGCAAAGCCAAAGGUUUUGGCAAAAAGAAGAAGUAAAUCAUGCUCAUGAUCUUCUCUAUUCAUGUUGAGCAAUAGGAAUUUCGGGAAAUUGUGGUGCUUCUCGGUAAUUGAUCCGGUAGGCAAUAUAGUUAAAAUGUAGUAUUGAUUUUAACAUACACUUCGCUUGUUAGUGAAUGAAGUAGUUUUGUUUUAUUUCUGACCUUGAAUUAAGUUGUGCGUGUAGUGUUAUUGUGUUAUUAACAGGCUUAGAUGUUUGUUCUGUUUGUUCGUCAUUUCUGUUCUGUUCAUCCAUCAAGGUCAUCAAAACACAAUAAAACAGCUUUCAUAGGGGAUGUACCCAAUCGAUACAUUUUUAAAUGUGAUAAUCAAUAAAAUCCAGAAUGCCAAAAUUCGCUUCACUGUUCGCAAAUAAUCGUUAUAAUACUUUAGUUAUAUUAAAUUACAUAGUUGUUUUUGAUUUUAGGAAUUUGUUGUCGUAGCACUUGCGUAUUUAAUAUUGUCAAAAUUUUCUUAUAUCUUUGCUUCUCUGUUUGAAAUAUUCCAUAAUUUAUUCAUAUAGUUGCAUAAUUGAAUUUUGUCGCAUUCUUUUGUAUGUUGAAGUAUUCAAACAACUAGGGUAAUAACUACUGAACGUAUUUUUGUUCAUGCGGUAACUUUUUUGUGAAGAAUUGGAAUGUAUAUGUACCUUUGAUUCGAUCUUGAAAUUUCCCUGAACCUUAGCUUGCUUAGUGUAAAGUAAAUACAUCUAAUUUUAGUAAAUAUUAAGAAGUUCCAUCAUCUUGCGAGUUCAAUGAUAAUAUCUAAUUUUGUUAGGCGUUUAAACGACCCAAGUCCCUCGUUCGUGAAACUGCGCUACUUUUCGGAAUGCUUGCUUAAAAUAGUGUGUACUGAAAUUGCUGAUGAAGUAAUUUUCCUUUAAAAAAUUGAGAAAAAUUAAGUAAUUUUGCUUUAUUCCUUAGACGAUUCCUUAGAUUAUCUCUCGUUAAUGUGUAGUGAUAUCGAAACACUUGAUUGAAUGCUUAGAAAUAAUUCCUCUUGAUUGCCAUUACUUUUUGCUGAAAAAUUUCACGGCAACUGAAAUUGUUGAAUAUUAAAGUGUGCUGCUAAAUAAAAUCCCAUUUUCAUUUUCCUUUCUCUAACGUUAUUUAUUUAUAACACGAAUGCCUAGAUCUCUGUACCUGCAAACCGUAAGUAACGCCAAAAGUUCAAUAGAUAAAUGCUGAUGUAGGAACGAAUCUUGAAUAGAUAAAAUAUAAUACUGGUUUUGGAUUCAAAAUUCGAAAAUUAUUUGUCCUUUCUAAACUUUAGUGUGCUCUAGAGAAAGUGAAUGUGUAUUAAUAAAAAAUGCAUGGCACAUCUUUGUCAAUAUCAAAUCAUUUAAUUCAUAAAUUAAUCCCAAGUUAUCCCGGCGCAGCUGAUGCUCCCGUAGCGUGUUAACUUUGAAAAAAUGCAAACUGCUUGAGAACUACUGUGACUACUCAGUUCUUUUUUGACUCGAUAUAAUCAUGGUUUAUUUCUUUAUUAAGAAGUGGUUCAUCAAAAUAAGGAAAAUCCUAUCCUGGCUUGGAAUUCAUCAAUUUUCAGUUUCAUGUGAGCCGUUUGUAUCAUGGUAUAUGCCGCACAUUUACUCACCUGUCAUAUUAAUGUAAGAAUGGAGUGCCGACUUUCUUCGGACGCAUUUACAAAGUUUAAAUAGAUUACUGAUCCACGUCCAAGCCACGUGUUCAAAUAUCGUUUACGACAGCGAUUAUGUCUUGAAAUCAACGCAGAAAUGUAAAGCGAGUGAUUAUGCUAGUAUAAUAAACAGUUCACUUGCAUUUUAUUUUGGGCCUGGUGGUCACCGUGCGAACGGUUAUAUGCUAUUAGAAUUCUGAAUCAUUUCAAAGCGUUGCAGUAGCCAUUCGAACGAUUAUAUGCUUUCUAAUAAAAUCACGAACACUUGCAUUUUAGAGCGUGGAGGACGAGAGCUCCUUUGUUAGGCAUCGCUAGUGGGGCACCAUGAUUGUAUAUUGCAUUUCCAUGCAAGCGAUUACAUUCUAGUAUAAUCAUGAAACGCUCG